AUCGCUAAGACUUCCGUACGCAAGCGCUCAGCCAUGUCCCGUCAAAGUCUGGCUUCAGAUCAAAUUACGGGAGAGAAUGAAUAUUGUCGCCUGUCACUAUACCCUUACACAGUCACGAACAAAAUGAGAAAGUGACGUCUACGUCGGUGUUUAGUCGAUGUCGCGCUGUGCUCGAAGUACAUCCAAUACUCUCAUGUAGGCGGCGAGACUAUUUACUGCCUAACGGACGGUGUUCCAGUUCCCAGUUCCCGCCCUCCAACUAAACCACUCCAGCUUCCAAUCAUUCGGGUGCCACAAACACAACCCCAACUCUUUCUCACUCCGUCAUCUUCCCCUUCUUGAUCAUCCCUCACAAGAAAGAAAAACCAACGAUGAACCGACUAUUCGGUAGCAAGAACGCGGCUCCGAAGCCAACACUGGACGGGGCGAUCAGCAAUGUAGAGAAUCGCAUCUCGAGCAUUGACGUCAAGCUGGCCGCGCUGAACUCGGAGCUCUCGACCUACCAAACCAAGAUCGCCAAGAUGCGCGACGGGCCCGGCAAGACGGCCCUGCGGCAGAAGGCGCUGAAGGUGCUGCAGCGGCGGAAGCAGUACGAGGCGCAGCGCGACCAGCUGUCGCAGCAGUCGUGGAACAUGGAGCAGGCGGGGAUGAUGCAGGACAACCUGAAGAACGUGAUGACGACGGUGGACGCGAUGAAGACGACCACCAAGACCCUGAAGAAGCAGUACGGGCAGAUCGACAUCGACAAGAUCGAGCGCAUGCAGGACGAGAUGGCCGACCUGAUGGACAUCGGCAACGAGAUCCAGGAGAGCAUCUCGCGCGCCUACGAUGUGCCGGAGGAUGUCGACGAGGCGGAGCUCGACGCUGAACUGGAGGCCCUCGGCGAGGAGACCAUGAUGGAAGGCGCCAUGGCCGACAGUGCCAUGCCCAGCUUUCUCCAGGACGAGGUCGCGCCCCCGCAGUUCAUCGAUGAGCCGCCGGAGCAGAGUAAGAUCAAGGAGCCUGCGGGCGGGCUUAGCUGAUUUGGGUGAGCGGAUGGGGGGGAGGCGGUCUAGUAUCUUUGAGUCUAGGUGUUCGAAUUAUGGAAAGCAUUCGGAGUUGGGUCAUGUCUAUGCGCCUUCAAGUUUUCCAGAUGAAGCAAUUUGAUUUCUUUUUCUUUCUGUCCUUCUGCUAAGCUAUAUACGGGGGAAUGACCGGGAAUCGAUCCAGGCUAGAGUCUGGCGCAAUCCUGCGGUGGUAGAGAUUAUUGUUUGGC